AUGAAUACUGCUAAAAGUUCACAGAUUUCGAAUAAUUCCUCUAAAAAAUCCACAGCUAGCUCAUUAAAAUUAAUAUCGAAAGUUCUUGGAAUUACAUUUGUUAUUCUUUUUUUUUAUUCCAACGGCCAUAAUGAAAAUAUAGAUGAACAUGGAAUACGAAAUGUAAGACAUUUAGCCGAAUAUAUGCCAAACAUUACAAAUCCAAGUGCAAAUGUAUACCAUUUCAGUAGAAAUGAAUAUAACCAAGAAAGAGAAGAAACUAGAAAUAAUUAUAAUUCCUGGACAAGCGGAGACGUACCAAAUAAUGGUCAAUAUUCUGAAUAUCGAACCUCUACCUCAAUUACUGAUAAUAUAAAAUCACGUGCUAAAACCUUUGUCCAUCUAUUAAAAACUUACUACUACUAUUGGAUUCCUAUGGUCUUAGGUUAUUAUUUUGCUUUGAAGAAUUUGGGACCAGACUGCACUUUGUUGAUAACAGCAAUAAUGGGUGCAUUGUAUUAUAUUCAUAUAAAUUCUGCGUAA